AAUCCUGUAAUGCACAUUUUCAGAAGGUAAAGAGAAAUGAUCACCCGUGCAAUGUAAAAGUUUACGACUAUCGACAUAUUUUUACAGGUGCUGCAGUGUCUAUGUUAAGUACCUGGCCUCUUCCAAUACUCAGAUCUGCUAUGUCUAAGUUGGUGGAACCUAAUGAGCAAGGCAAAAUGUUUGCUUGCAUAGCUUUAUUGGAAAAUGCUUGCACACUGGUUGCUUCUGGAGUAUUCAACAGCAUCUAUCCUGCAACAAGACAUAUAUUCCGAGGGUUCACAUUUAUUAUGGGUGCUGGAAUUCUCCUUUUCUCAAUUAUUAUCCUCAGUGUCAUGCACAAAGCUCUUCACCAGUUUAGCAAGUAUGACUCUGUAGAAUUAGCUGAAGAGGCUAGGGAAGAGUUUGAAGAGUUGGAUCAAGAAAAUGAACCUUCACCAACUGAUCAAGAGGAAGCAUCUCCCCCCCAAGAGGAAAGUGGGCUGGUGACUGAAAGUAAUACAGAGAACAUUCAACCAGUCACAAACAAUGAUGCUAUACCCUAAUUGAGGUUUGGUUCCUGCCACAUGUUUAGUUCAUUAUAUUGACAGUUUCUCAUAGAAGCUGCAGUUGAUGUUAAUUGUUUCUUUUAUGUUAAAUUGAAUGUUUUAGCUUAAGAGAUAAUAUAAUUUGGAAGCAAAAAGUUGUACAGUUUAAUGAAUUAUAAUAAUAAUAAUAAUAAUAAUACCAGGUCUUUUGUUUCUCAAAAGCACCAGUUCUUCUAAAGAAUUCACUAGUGCUUAAAACACUACAAAAUCAAAGACUCAAGGAUAAAAAGAAAUACUGUACUGUACUGUACUGUACUGUACUGUAAUAAGAGAUCACAAAAAGUGACAGUUCAGCUUCAAUCAUUCAUAUACCCUUAAGUUUUAAUCCCUGUACCUGUAUCAUAUCAGGUAACAUGAUUUUGAUACCGCUAUCUGUUUGCUUAUUGGGUACAGUAUUUAGAAUUUGUAAAAAUGACGAUAAGAAAAUCAUUUAAUGAGUUGAUGAAAAAUUAAUUUGAAUAGAGUAUAGAAGUAGACAAGAAAAAGUGUUAAUGAAGACAAAAAUACAAAUGUAUUUUCCCUAUAAGGAUUUAAAAUGUAAUGUGUUUAUUUCUCGAACAAAACCCUAACCCACAAUUGGGAAAUGAUACAGUAAUUUAGAAUUCACACAUAGCUAUUCAGAAAAUAGAAAGAUACCAGUUGAAUACAUUUCAUUGUCUUGGUGUACAUCAAUGUGACUUAAUUCAUUACUGCAACUGUUGGGUUUUAUCUAACCCAAAAAAUUUAUCAUGAAAUUCUUAAAUGCCAAAACACGAAGAUGCAAGAAAUAAGACAUUUAAUUUGUUUGACACUUCAUUGGAUAGAUAUGUAAACAGGGAAGCUUAAUUAGUAAUUUUAAAAAGAUAUUUGAUUGAGUAGCUAUACUGUACUGUACUUCUGUUCAGGAAAAAGUGAAUCCACUGCUUUAAGCUCUGUGAGUCUACGAUCAGAACUUUCAGAGAGUCUGAAUACCGACCUGCUGAAUCUUUCUGUCUUCUGCAUACUGUACAGUAUUAUGAGAUCCAACUCAUAUUCCAUGUUAUGUGUGUCUUACUCACAUGUACAGUAUCUAAAACAACUAUCUGUGCAUACUUUGUGGGAAACAAUAUGAGACCAUGGACGAUAAAUUUUGGUAUAAGAGGGCUGUCACUAGUCACACAUAAAAUUUUGGAGCAUAUCGACCCCCACCUGCACAGAUAGUUGUUUUAGCUACUGUACAAUACAAUUAUGUACAUUAGUUCACAUGUUUGUGUCUGAAGAAAAUUUAUAAAGGAGAGAGAAAAUCA